UGUCACAUACUGACAAAGAAAAAUCAACUGAGAGAGAGAAAGAAACAAACACUCUUCAUUUUUUAGAAGGUAAUAAACAUAUUUUUUUUGAGAGAGAAAGAAAGAGAGUAAAAAGAGUAAGUGCCCUCUUGUAUUGUAUUUCAAGAAAUUCCAUAUUCCUCUGAUCCCCCCAAAGGACAACAAAACAAUGAAGACAAAGACAACCUCUUCUGUUGUCGCAAAAGCAGCCAGGGUAAAGUCCCUCAAUACAAGAUCUUUAAUUCCAAUUUACUCACUUUGUAACCGACCCCUAGCCCACAAACCCUUCCUAAUUCCUCUUAACUCACUUUGAUGGAUUAGAAGAGUUAUUUUAAUCUAGCUUCAACUGUUUCUGGGGGUCCUUAUGAGAUUUUGCUGAAUUUUAUAACAUACCCGGGGAUUUUAAUUUACUGCUCUGUUUCAUCUGUAAUUCUCAGGAGUACUACUGAGCUUUCUCUGGACACGAAGUUUGUUUCUAUCGUUCAUGGCAGGAAUGGUUCAAGACGAGGGAUCAUCAUCUCUAACUUCUUCACCCCUUCAGUUCUUCUCCUGGAUGUCACUGUCUCCUGGCUUCGGAUCACCGUAUCCAUGGUUUAGGGAGCUCAAAUCUGAAGAGAGGGGGUUGUGUCUGAUCCAACUGCUUGUUGCUUGUGCAAACCAUGUUGCUGCUGGUAAUGUUGACAAUGCAAAUAUCGGUCUUGAGCAUAUUUCCCACCUUUCUUCUCCAGAUGGUGAUACCAUGCAGCGAAUAGCUGCAUAUUUCACUGAGGCACUAGCUGAUCGAAUGCUUAAAGCUUGGCCUGGUCUUCACAAAGCCCUCAAUUCCACUAAAAUAUCAUCAGUAACCGAUGAAAUAGUUGCUCAGAAGUUAUUCUUUGAUCUCUGCCCCUUCUUGAAGCUCUCAUAUGUGAUCACAAAUCAGGCAAUUAUAGAAGCCAUGGAAGGAGAGAAGAUGGUGCAUAUUAUUGAUCUUAAUUCUUUUGAGCCUGCCCAAUGGAUCAACCUCCUUCAGACAUUAAGUGCACGCCCAGAAGGCCCACCGCAUUUGAGGAUCACUGGUAUACAUGAGCAGAAAGAGGUACUUGAACAAAUGGCUCUUCGCUUGACUGAGGAGGCUGAAAAAUUGGACAUCCCAUUCCAGUUUAACCCAAUUGUAAGCAAAUUGGAGAAUCUUGAUGUUGAAAGUUUGCGUGUAAAGACCGGAGAAGCUCUUGCAGUCAGCUCUGUUCUUCAGUUGCACUUGCUCUUGGCAACGGAUGAUGAGAAGAGGAACUCACCAACAGCAUCAAAAACUCAAAAUUCUAGUCACUUGCAAAGAGUCUUGCAGAACCAACGGACACUAGGUGAGUGGCUUGAGAAAGAUUCUGUCCAUUUGUACAACGCAAGUCCUGAUUCUGCAUCACCAUCAACCCCACCAUCUUUAGCUGCUUCCCCAAAGAUGGGCAGCUUUUUAAAUGCCCUUUGGGGUUUAUCACCGAAGUUGAUGGUAGUAACUGAGCAGGAAUCCAACCAUAAUGGUUCUACUUUAAUGGAAAGGGUCUUGGAAGCAUUGAACUUUUAUGCGGCAUUGUUUGAUUGCUUGGAGUCCACCUUUCCCAGAGCAUCACUAGAGCGGCAGAAGCUGGAGAAAAUGCUUUUUGGAGAGGAAAUAAAGAACAUCAUAGCAUGUGAGGGAGCUGAGAGGAAGGAAAGGCAUGAGAAGCUUGAAAAAUGGAUCCUGCGACUUGAGUUAGCGGGGUUUGGAAGGGUGCCUUUAAGCUACCAUGGUAUUUUGCAGGCUGCGAGUUUGUUGCAGAACUAUGGCUAUGAUGGCUACAGGAUCAAAGAAGAGAAUGGAUGUCUAAUUAUUUGCUGGCAUAAUAGACCCCUCUUUUCUGUUUCUGCCUGGAGGUUUAGGAGGUAUGACUGAAAUUAUUAACCAUGAAGAAAAUUUGUUAUGUCUGUGUGUGUUUUCAUUUCUUUUUCCUUUUUCUACUUUGUAUAAAGGAACCUAAGUUUUACUUUAUCUGAAAUUGCAUAGUUUUCCCACGAAAAGGUUUGAACUACUUCCUCCUGUGAUCCAUAUUUUUUCUCUUUUAUUUAUUAUUUGUAUUUUAUUUUGAUUGA